CUAUCGGACAAUCGGCGCCAGGCUGAAGAAAUUUUGACACGAACCAACCUUUCAUUCUCCCGAAAUUACCAGCUUUCAACCACCUGCAAGCGUCAGCCCCUUCCCAUCCCAAACCGCUUCUUCCAAGGAAGUCAAUCGCCUCUCCCAAUGAUGAGGAGGUAGUUGCCAGAAACGGAUCCUUAGCACAAGGGUGCCCGCAAAUCCCGCCAGCCUUCCCCGUCCCCGUUCCCCCCCAACCCACCCCGGCGAUGUUCCCGACCACCGCCCGCCGGAGCGCGGCCACCGCCUUCGCGCCCCGCCUCCGCUUCGACGUCUCCGAAUCCAUCCCCCGCUCCUACUACCUAGGCCACCACCACGCCGCCCUCCGCGAAAUCUCCUCCCGCCUCUCCGACGUAGGCCUCGUCCUCGAGUGCCGCGACUACCGCGUCCCCCUAACCAGCUGGAACCCCGUCCUCGACCGCGCCAUCGCAGGCCGCGAACGCAUCGUCGUCUACACCCACCGCGACCUCGGCGCCGACAGCCCCGCCUCGGUAGAACACGCCCUCCGCCGCUUCCACAAUGGCACCGGCCGUUCCCCCAUCGGCGGCGGCAACACCGCCACCUCCACAACCAGACAGCGCGUCGUCUUCUGGCGCAAAGACGACCCCGCCACCACGAAACAACUCCUCUCCGAAAUCCGCAGCGUCGCCCGCUCCGUCGACAGCCUGACAGGCAUGCGCGCCCUCGUCGUCGGCAUGCCCAACGUGGGCAAAAGCACCCUCCUCAACAAGCUCCGCGUCCACGGCAUGCACAAGAAACAAUCCGUCGCAAAAGUCGGCGCCCAACCAGGCGUGACGCGCAAGCUCUCCUCUCCCGUGCGCAUCCUCGAUUCCGAGAGCAACAGCACCAACGGCGACAGCAACAGCAGCAUGGGCCUAGGCGAAGGCGUCUUCGUCCUCGACACCCCGGGCGUCUUCAUGCCCUUCGUCUCCGAAGCCGAAAACAUGGUCAAACUCGCCCUCGCGGGCUCCGUAAAAGACGAUCGCAUCCCUAUGGAGAUCCUCGCCGACUACCUCCUCUACCGCCUCAACCUCACCGACCCGAGCGCCUAUGCACGAUAUUCCGAGCCCACGAACGAGGUCAACGAGUUCCUGAUCGGCGUCGCCCGCAGGACGGGCAAGCUCAAGAGCGGCGGGGAGACCAACGCCGACAGCGCCGCCGACUGGAUCGUUAAGCAGUGGCGGGUCGGGAACCUGGGCAAGUUUGUGCUCGACGACAUCACCGACGAGGCGUUCAAGGACAAAGAGCUGGCCAGGGAGGGGCAGGGCCCGCUCAGCAUGAACCAGGCGCGCAGGAAAGAAAAAGAGGCGCGAAAAGAGCGAGCCUUGAACAAGACGAAAGCGAUUUAAGGGUAGAGUGCCCAGGCCCCUCUAACUGAAAUCGAUUCAAUGAAUCGUCAAGAUCUCGAGGCAGCGUCAGGCUAGCAGUCGGCCGCCAUUGACAAUAUCCUAUUCAGCCCAACCGCGCCAAGCAUAUUACCCUCUUGAGUUCAAGAU